AUGUCGAUCAAAAAUAGCUUUACCAAUAAACUUACAAAAGACUUAACCGAUAUUCUUUGCAAAAGUAAAGAUUUCGUCAUGAUCAAAGAAAAAAUAAAGGUAACGAGAAAAAGGUGUCGCAAGGCAUCAAAAGAGAUGAAAUUUGAAAAGGAAAGUAAUUUGAAGGAAUCCAGGAAGCGCAUCGGAUCGGACAACAAAGGUCUUCUGCAAAAAUCAAAAUUGAUGUCUAAAUCUAAAAUAUUUCAAUGUCCCUUAAAUAAAACAUAA